AUGUCUAGGCCUACCACUCAUUAGAUACCUCUUAGAGCCUCAAAUAUUAAAAAUGUUAAAACCCUUUCCAGAAUUUAGUCAGUUGAGGCUAAAACUUUCAUGUCGUAGAGAAAUCUAUUGCAAUAAUCUGGUAUAUCUAAAUAAUCUAUGCAAAAAAUAAAUGGAAUGAAAAUUGAUACUAAUGCAAAUGGGAGCCCUACAUAAAUAACAUAGACAACUUAGCAUUUAACAUUAGAGGACUUAAACCCUCGAGGUACAGCUUCUUCACAUACUAGGCUAUAGUCCUUGACUAGGGGAUCAGUUGGGGGUGGAGUGGCUGAUUUUCCUUAAAGCACCAUUUCUAGAGGGUCUACACUUGGUGGCGGAGAUAUACCUCCUCCAAGUCUGAGACUAGAUUUACAAAGGCUAAAUGAAUAUAAAACCAUAAUUGAUCAAAAGGAAAGGACUAUAUCUGAUCUGAGGACAAAGUUGAAAUUUAAUGAGAGCAAGAUGUCUGCUGGAGGAGCCACAAUGAUGCUAAAGUCAAAUUUAAUGAAAGCUGAUUCACUUAUGAAUUUUCGUAUAAAUGAGAAUACUGAUAUUACCGAGCUAAAGAAAGUUUUGAUUAAUUUGAUUGCAGAAACUUAACAAACUGAGGAAGUAUUAGUCAAUAGAUGCAACAAAAUUAGAGAAAUGCUAGAUCUUUAUGAAGCAAGAAUAUAAUUCGAUGACAUGCUAUUUUUAAAGGAAAAGGAUGUGCAACGAAUGAAUGAGCAUAUUAAACAUCUAACAGAUAGCCUUGUGAAUGCUUCAAAAAAUGAACUCUUAUUUAACGAAAAGAUUAGAGAGACAGCUAAAUGCAAGCAUGACUUAGCCAUGAUAAGAAGCAGGAAUGAAUUCCUAGAAAAAUAAAAUUAGAUUCUAAACACUGAGGUUAAGGAUCUUAAGCAUCAAAUGGUUAUAAUGAAGGAAAUCGAAAUGUAGAUGAAUAAAUAGAAAAUAGCUGAUUAAAAUUAGCUAUAAGUGAUGACCCGAAGAUUAGACACCCUGGAAAAGGGACUUGAAGUAUUCUAAGACAAUAGAAAGUCUAAGCCAGAUGAUGAGUAUAAGCUCAAGAACACAGUUAAUUUUCUCAUUAGAGAGACAUAAGAGCUGAAGAAAGAUAUUUAACUCAAGAAAAAAACAAUAGAAAAUAAGGACCGAGAAAUAUAAAAGCUCCUCAGUAAGAUCUAGAAAUUCUUAUCUUAAAAGAAUGAGGAGGGGAUAGAGGAUGAUGAGUUCGGUCAGGAAUAAUAUGAGUUAGCUAAAGAUAAAAUGGGCAACGACCAUUUCUCUACGAACACUGGUUCAGUGGUUUAACUUGAGGAUGGUACUUUGAACCUUUACAUGCCUUCUGUGAAUAAGCAUGAUGAGCCUAAGAAAUGCCUUGAGUACAGAUUUAAGUCGAUGAAUCCAAAUGAUAGGUCUACCUUAACAGAAUUAGUAGAGAGUGGUUCUUAAUUCUUUGUGGAUUACUUGAUCAACCGUGGAGAUGUCUAGCAAGUCAAAGAUAAGUUUAAAUUUGUUUGCGAGUAGCUAUUGAAAACAAAUAAAUUCGUUGAGAAGCUCAACUAUAUUUUCCAUGUACCGUUCAUGCACGUCAAAAAGAAUGAUGAGAAGGCAAUUAUUUUAUCAAUCUAAAGUGAUGCUUCAAGCGUGAUGGACAAGCCUUAAAGAGUUAACUUGUGGAUUAGAGACACUUUGAACAACGAGUUGCUGACAUAUGUGGGUGAAAAGAGGCUAUAGUUUGAAACUAGCACUGAUGUCAUUGGACAGUGCUGCUAAUCUCAAAACACAGUUGUCUUCUAAAAUGUAAGAGAAUGCCAAUUUUACGAUGACGCAUUUGAAAGAGCAUUCGAGCAAAUUGAUCCUUAUACAUACAAAGAGAGAACAUUCGUUAUGGCUCUUCCAAUAAAGCAUCCCAGGACAUCAUAAGUAAUAGGCGUAUUAGAAAUCUGUCUGCCUAGAUAAGCCUAGUUAGACGAUUACUUCAUGGCUGAUGGGCUGAGCUAAAUCAGUGGCAUUCUACUUAGCAGAUUUAUUGAAUCAAGGAACUACCUCAGAUAAAGCAUAAAUCUCAGGAAAAUUGUUGAGAGGUCUAAAGAACUGGUUGAGGCUUCAAGAGAUGGAGAGGAGGCCUUUGGGUUACAGAUUGAAUUCAUAGUAAAAGAGAUAUUUGGGCUCUAAGUGGCAAGGUUCGUAUAUAUUCAAGAUGGCAGAUCUAUAUGGUACACUGAUGGAGAAACUAAGCAAUCUAAUCAUUCCCUUGCAUUAGAGGUAUCAAUUACGAAGAUUGGAAUCAUAUUCGGACAGCCUGAAUAGGAGAAGAGCUUUAAUGGCAACAUUGAUAUAAAUACUAAUCUGCCUCUGGUAUGCUAUCCCAUAUUCGAUUAUACAUACCUAGCUGAGAAGAAAAUUCUGGGGGUGAUCGAAAUCCCACAGCCUCAGUUUAGGUACUCUGGCCACUCGAAGACAACACUUAAGAAUAUGCUGAUUGAUGAAGCAAUGAAAGACACUCUUGAUACACUUUCAAGGGUAAUAUCUAAUAUCAUAUAAACUCAAGUCUAAGUUUAAUGA